UUAUUUAUGUAAAUGUAACGAUUUAUUUAUUAGGAAGAAUCAUUGUUUGUUCAAAGUGAUACUGAAUCAUUUAAAGAAGUUGAAGAAGAACCACUUGACGAAGAGUUUACUGUAUUGAGGUCUCAGUUUAAUGAGAUACAAAAAGAAAACAAAGAAUUAUCAGACAAAUUAUCAAAAAUGAAGGCUGGGUAUUUGAGAUCACUUAUUAGUCACACUGAUUCAGCUGCUAGUAAAGUGAGAAGAGGAAUGGCUUUUGAAAUUGAUGACUGCAAAUUUCAUCUUAAAGCAAUGACAAAUCCAGACUAUCAGCCAUUAGUAGAUAAUAAAAGAAUAAUAGUGGAAUUACAAGAAAAAAUAACAUUAAAGAAUAUGGAACUAAUUACUAAAAGAGAGCACACUGAGAAGAUCAUAAAAGAUAUUAAAGGUUUGGAUCCAAUAUGUUUAUUCACACUGUAUUGUAAUCAUCCUGUUACUGGAGAAUUUAUGGACUCAAUACUUGAAGUACAUAAAGAUGAGUUACUACCCACAGUGCUGGAUAAAGCUUAUGAGUUAAUGGAGUUGAAUCCUUUUAUCCCUAUUGAGAGAUGUCGUUUAGUUAAAUAUUCUUAUGAUGAUGACGUAAUGGAGCAAUCCUUGGAUUUUGAUGAGUUUCAGCAUCAAACUAUUGGGCAAAUUGUGGGUGGGACUAGACAUUAUCCUUUUGAAUUAUUCAUAGAAACUAGUGAAGAAAAUGAUAUUUUUGAUAAAUACCAUGAUGGAGGCAAUAAUAUGAUUGAGUAUGAUAGUCUGAAUGAUGAAACAAAGGAUCAAAUAUAUUCAUUCAUAUUGCAUUGUGAUCAUCCUAUUACUGGAGAAUUUAUGUACUCAACACUUAAAGUUCAUAAAGAUGAAUUGCUACCCACAGUACUGAAUAAAGCUUAUGAGUUAAUGGAGUUAGCUCCUUUCCCUAUUGAGAGGUGUCGUUUAGUUAAAUAUUAUGAAAGUUAUUAUGAUAUAAUUGAGGAAUCCUUAGAUCUUGAUGAGUUUCAGCAUCAAACUAUUGGACAGAUUGUGGGUGGGACUAAACAUCAUCCUUUUCAAUUAUAUAUAGAAACUCGUGAAGAAAAUGAAUCUUUUUAUAAAUACAAUGAAGAAGGCAAUGAUAUAAUAUCAAUGUAUAAGACUGAGCAACUCAUUACGGUAACACCAGAAAGACAUCCAUUACAGAACAAGUGGGUUUUGUGGUAUNUGAGAUGUAACAAGCAAAAAGAAUGGAAGGACAAUUUAAGAAAGGUCGUUUGUAUUGAUACAGUGAGUUUUAACACUGUAAUUUUAGUUAUUGUGUGUUUGUGUGUGUGACUGUGUGAGCCAUAACUUCUUCAGUAUGUGAAGUACUUAGACUAUUGUUGCAAUUAAAAUUUUUGUUUAAUUAUUUCUUUUGAAUGCA